CUGGCUCAGUUUUGUCUGUUAAGUGAGGGAGCCAGAGUGUGUGCAGGAGAAUGAGCCUGUGUCAGAGAGAGAGGAACAAAUGAGAAGCAAACAUUUUACAUAUGUAGAAAGACUCUAUAGAGUAAAAAAGUUGAUAUGGUGUUAAAUUAUUGAAUGUGAUAUGCUUACUACAUUGUGGCAAACGGUGUGAGAGGGAGUCAAUAGAGGGACAGAAUGAGAAGAAAAUGCAGUGAGAAAGGUAUGGUGUCAACAAGGGCAGCUGGUAGCACAGCCUGCAGCUAGACAAGGCUGAAAUCUGAGACUUGUACAGCCACACAGCCAGGCAGAGGGAGGGGGCAGAGGGAAAGAAACACAAGUGGGAGAAAGAGAGUGAGGGAUAGACUGUCCACCGAGGAGAAAGAAGGCAAAAUAUGCAGGCUCGAGGCAGGGAACGCAUGUCAGGAAGUGCACACGCAGAGAGAGGCAAAUGGAGCAAUACUGACAUGAUAGAUUAAGUGUAGGGGGGCAGAGAAAAAUUGUAAGAGUCAAGUUAAAGUCUGUGUCUGUGUCUGUGUGCAAGAGAAAUGACGUGUUGCAGAGAAGAAGGGGUUAUGUGUUUGGGUAGGGAGCCGCCUAGAGAGAAAGGGGAAGGGUGUGAGCGAGCAUGCUCUGUUUGGACUGACAUUGGAUGCCGGCUUUAGCUCUUCUCUGUCUCACACAAACACACCCAGCAGCAGUGACACCUAGCACACUCCAGGGGACAGAGAGAACAUGGCUUGAAUAAAAGAGUGCAGAGGAGAAAAAGCCAGGGGGAGCGAGACUUUGUCAGGGACUUUCCCUUCCUUCCCUCUCUGGCAAGCCGCAGCUUUCUUCCAACAGGAAACCAAGAGAGCAGGGCUUUGUUUUCUAAUCAGUAAAGGAUUAUUUUUCUAGCAACUCUUCUACACAACACAACGAUUUGGGUUUCGCAGAAGCUAGCCCUUCUUUUGAUGUGAGGAUUGUUCCUUUUUGCGGCAAACCUGCAAUUUUGGGAAAUGGUUUUGGAAGAGGAUAUACCUGUUAAAAGCUACAGUGGUACACUUCCUGAAGAUUUGGCAGCAGCAGAAACAAAGGUGGAACUACACAAAGGAUAAUUAUCCAGCGUUGGAGGAAAAUCUAAAGUGACUUGGCUAAAAUGUCUCAUGUUGCCUUGAGUUCCUAGUGGCUGGGAGCAGCCAGGGAGUGGCCAGUUGACCACACACUGACAGACUGUUCACAGACUAGUUCUGCAAGGCUUUCAGUGUAAGAGAAAGCAAAUUAGUGAGCUUUUCAUUUUCUCUAUGCUGCAGCAUAAGCACUUAGCAACCUGCUCACUGCUUCUCUUUAGUUUGGUGUUUAGUUUGGUCCUGAUAGGCAAGUUUGAUAGACGCCUGCUUCACUCACUGGAUGUCAGUGACACUUGGAAUUUGAUCUUUUGUCGUUUUUGGGCUUACACUGGCACAGGCACUCCUGGUCUCUUUCUCAUGUUCCAUUUACUUGAGGACAUUUUUCUGGCUAUUAAGAAUCUCCAUCUGCCCCUGUCUGGACACAGCCCUCAUUCUUUCACUACAACUUUGCCCUGGACCCUCAUGUGCUACCCCUCCUAAAUGGGGGACUAAGAGGAAGAAAUAUGAUCCUCUGUUUUGUGGUGUGUUUAGUGCAGCAGCAACAGUGUGUGGUUUCCAUGGAAAAGACAGGAGAAAUAUGGCACUGAGGGGCUCUGCAAAUGCUCUACCCCUAUGUCUCUUGUCCAAGUGAAUUUGAAGCCAGCUAGCGUAGCACUGCAAGCUCCGCCCUGGAACUCCUUGUUCAGACUCUUCUCAUGUGUAGCCAUAAGGAGCGUGCACAGAACUAAAGAGGUCCCCACAUUUCAAGAGAAGACGAAAGCCUCAUUUGGAAAUCUUAUGGACGAAGAAAUGAGUCGCCAGACUGCCACCGCGCUGCCCACAGGAACCUCCAAGUGCCCCCCCUCCCAGCGCGUGCCCACCCUGUCAGGCACCACAGCCUCCAACAGUGACCUGGCCAGCCUGUUUGAGUGCCCUGUCUGCUUUGACUAUGUCCUACCCCCCAUCCUGCAGUGCCAGUCCGGACACCUGGUAUGCUCCAACUGCCGGCCCAAGCUCACCUGCUGCCCCACCUGCCGAGGCCCCCUGGGCUCCAUCAGGAACUUGGCCAUGGAGAAGGUGGCUAACUCUGUCCUCUUCCCCUGCAAGUAUGCCUCAUCGGGCUGUGAAGUCACUCUGCCUCACACUGACAAGACGGAGCAUGAAGAACUGUGCGAGUUUCGGCCGUACUCCUGCCCCUGCCCCGGCGCCUCCUGCAAGUGGCAGGGUUCCCUGGACGCUGUCAUGCCUCACCUGAUGCACCAGCACAAGUCCAUCACCACACUGCAGGGGGAGGACAUUGUGUUCCUGGCCACGGACAUCAACCUGCCGGGUGCGGUGGACUGGGUAAUGAUGCAGUCCUGCUUUGGCUUCCACUUCAUGCUGGUGUUGGAGAAGCAGGAGAAGUACGACGGCCACCAGCAGUUCUUCGCCAUCGUGCAGCUCAUCGGUACUCGCAAGCAGGCCGAGAACUUUGCCUACCGGCUGGAGCUCAACGGGCACCGGCGCCGCCUCACCUGGGAGGCCACGCCGCGCUCCAUCCACGAGGGCAUUGCCACGGCCAUCAUGAACAGCGACUGCCUGGUGUUCGACACGUCCAUCGCACAGCUGUUCGCCGAGAACGGCAAUCUGGGCAUCAACGUCACCAUCUCCAUGUGCUAAGAACUUUUGAAGUGAAAAGGGUCAAAAAGUUGCAGGUUGUCAGGGGGCAUUUUUUAGGGCGUCAAAUCAGUUGUGACCUCACAGCGCCCCCGCUCUGCCUCACCCCUAGAGACAUGGAACUGGACUGUCUGAUCAGGCAGCCAUAGAGGCUCAGGGGGUGGGAUGGAUGGAUGGAUGGAGGGAUGAAUGGAUGGAUGAGUGGAGAAAUGAACAAACACAAGGACAGUAACUGUGUAGUGAUGGCUAUAGACUUCUAAACACACACAUAUAAACAUAUAUAUGUGGGACUCGUGCACGCACAUGCAGUCUCACCCUCUCUUGGUCAUAAACACGGACACAAACUGAGAAGCUGUUCAGUCAAACUUGCUCGUCAAACUCCCAUUUAUUGGUCACGUCUCUCAUGGAGUGAUUUCCCACCUCUCUCAUUUUUAGUGUCUCUCUCUCUCUCUCUCUCUCAUCUCUUCCCCUCAGUCAUCCUCAGACAUUUCAGACACUACAGUUCUCCAGCCUUUGCUCCAAAGACGCUGGAGGCUGGUCACCACUGAGCAGCUCUGUGCCGUGACAGCUACACACCGAGGAAGGUUCAAGCUAUAUUUCAACACGGACUCCUGGUCAGUGCUAGGUAGCUAGCCAGCUAUCUAGCUUUCCCUUCUGUCUGUAAUCCACCUCAGUACCCGUCAGACCUCCUGGAUCAAAUGGUUCACACGCUACCGACACUUGUAGGGCUAGAACCGCAGCUGUGGCUGGUAUUGACUAGCUCAAACUGGAACCCAGAGUCCAUGAAAAACAUGUAGUUCCUUAUCACAGAUUUGGCUAUUUAUUUUCACCUGUGACUGACAUGGAUGUGGAUGGCUGGGACUGGAACCGUCACCCUUAGACAUAGAUGGCUGUAGCACCCAUAACCACCCGGUUUUGUUCAGGACUGGAACCUCUGAUCUGCAUUAAGGGUCCACGGACUUCCAUCUACAUCUCAUCCAUCAACAUCCAUACAGGCUCCUGCGGUUUCCUUCCAGUCCACACCGGUUCACCCCAAGGCUAAAGAUUGUGCAUCGGAUGCUCUUUAAAUAGUUGACUGUCAGUGUUGAUAGUUAUUAGACUCUGCUCUCAUGCUGUAUGGAUUUAAGAAGGCCCUCAGCUACAUCAACCCUGGAUUUUUUUUUUUUUCUUUUUCUUUUUUUUUCAUGGAGUGGACAAAACGGCGUUCUGACACACAUUAACACUUUAGUCUUUGCAUCUUUGCAUUAUGGGCUGUGUGUGCAGGUGUGAUGGUGGAUGCAUUGAGUGUGUGUCAGAGCAUUUUUGACUGAGGAACAGAGGGUGUCUUUUUUUUGUUUGUUUGUUUGUUUGUUUUUCACAACGAGGAAAAAAACACUGCAUUUCAGUUGAUUCAGAGUUUUCUUUUGGGGUUUAUUUUUAAGUCUGUUUCUUUUUAAAUAUUUUAGUUGUCUUUUUUUGUAUGAGAGGAGAGAACUCCUGGUGUGUGUGCGUAUGUGUGCGUGCACGUGUGCUAGCAGCCUGCUCUUUUUUCCUCCCUUUCCUCUCUCCCCCCCUGCUCUUCUUUCAUUUCUGCUCUGUCUGCCAGCGUCGGCCUCAACCACUGACUGACUGAUCACCCUACCAGGAAUGAGGGACAGUUUCUACCGUUACAAUGUUGCUAUUGUUAUUAUUAAAUGGAGAUUAUCAUAAUUAUCAUUUUUUGUAAUGACUUUUAAAAAGAAAAGUUAAAAAGGCAGUUGUAAAACUUGUGGCUAAACUUCAGUGUUUGUAGUUAAAAAGCAAGUUGUGUCGUUCUUCUGAAGGUUUGUGUUUUUUUUCCAGAGUUGGAUUGUUUUUCCUCAUCUAUUUGUCUCUCUGUCCUUUUGUUUGUGUGGUAAGUCUUUUCUUUUUUUCUUUUUUUUGUCUGUGAGGAGGGAGGGAGGUCAAGCCAAUCAUCUCUCCCUUUCUCUACAUGUGGAGUCUCAGUAAUGUUGCUGCUCUCCCUCAACUCCUUGACUUUUUUCUGUUUUAAUUUGUCAUUAAAUAAAUCUAUCUUUUUCAUA